CGCGCAGGUAUGGAGGACAGGUAAGACGACGAAGAAGAGAGCGCGCAAAAAGACAUCGGGAAGGGAAAAAGAAAAAGAAACAAAGGAUGCAUACACGGGAAGCGAGAUCAAGGUGCCAGGGCUAUGCGCGACGCAUCAGAAACGAAGAGAGAGGGAAUUCACGUUACAGAAGAAGGAGGAGGAGGUAAUGACACCUCCUCUCCACUUUACCUCUCUCAACCCUUCCCCGGCGAAUGGGGACGAAAAUUGAAAGGAGUUUUUCGCUUUGUUCGUCGACAGCCGCCGAGGAAUACAGGCAGCUCGCCGGCGAAGCCACCAUGCCUACGAGUUCUGGAUCUCUGACGUUGACUCCAGUCCACCUGAAUGGCUACGACGCAGCUCCCCCUCACCAACCUCCGACGGUGACGCCAAACAAAGUACAAGAUGACGACGACGACCCGUUUGCGCCUCCCCCUCCUCACAGGGAGCGCUCCGAGUCGGUGACGUCACGCGGUAACUGGGGCAGCCGCUGGGAGUUUCUCCUCUCCUGCGUCGGCCUAUCUGUGGGAAUCGGCAACGUCUGGCGGUUUCCUUACCUCGCCUAUCAGAAUGGAGGAGGUGCCUUUCUCAUCCCGUACCUCAUCAUGCUUGCGUUGGCCGGCAAGCCCAUGUAUUUCCUCGAACUCGCCUUCGGACAAUUCGCCGGUCAGGGUCCACUCACAAUAUGGGCCUGCGCACCCAUCUGCAAAGGUGUGGGCUUCGCAAUGGUGUGCGUCUCAAUGGUGGUGGCGGUGUACUACAACGUCAUCAUGGCCUACACCAUCUACUACACCGCCUCGACGUUCCAGUCGCAGGUGCCGUGGGCGCGCUGUGAUCCGCAGUGGGCCAACGACACACCCUGCUUUGUGCGGUCUGAGAACACUUCGGGUACGGAUCUCAAUGUGACGAAGCCUUCCAGCCAAGUCUACUGGGAGCGUUAUGUCCUAGAGAUAAGUGACGGGCUAGAAGACCUCGGUGGUGUCAAGUGGGACCUGGCACUGUGCCUUCUACUCAGCUGGAUCAUCGUGGUCGCCUGCCUGGUCAAGGGCAUCAAGACCUCAGGCAAGGUGGUCUACUUCGCAGCCACCUUUCCUUACGUCAUCCUCAUCACUCUCAUGAUAACGGGCUUGUGCCAACCUGGUGCCAUCAAUGGCGUGCUCUACUUCAUCACUCCUUCCUUCGACCGGCUGCUGGACAUCAAGGUAUGGCAGGCCGCAGCGGGACAGAUGUUCUUCUCGCUCAGCCUGUCCAUGGGUGGUCUCAUCAUGUACAGCAGCUACAACAAGUUCUCCAACAACGUCUUCAGGGAUGCCAUGGUUGUGAGCGUGCUUGACACCUUCACUAGCAUCAUAUCGGGAAUGGUCAUCUUCUCGGUCCUAGGAGCCAUGGCCCAUGAUCUGGGGAACGUCGACGUGAAGGAUGUGGCGCAAGGAGGUCCAGGCCUAGCGUUCGUUGCCUAUCCCGAAGCCCUCACGCGGUUACCGGUACCACAACUCUGGUCCGUUCUCUUCUUCCUCAUGCUCUUCAUCCUCGGUCUUGACUCGGAGUUCGCCAUCCUGGAGACGUUCGUGACAAGCUUGUGUGACCAGGCACCGUACCUACGCAAACACAAGUGGCAAUUCACCAUGGCCAUGGGCGUCGUUUGCUUCCUCCUUGGCUUACCUAUGGUCACCAGGGGUGGCCAGUACAUAUUUGAGAUAGUGGACAGAUUCGGAGGCAGCACGACAUUGACUUUUAUUGGUCUUGUGGAAGUCAUCUCACUCGCUUACAUUUACGGAUACUCCAGGUUCUCAGAUGAUGUCUACUUCAUGCUGAACAGGCGUCUUGGAUGGUAUUGGAAGGUCACAUGGACUGUCACAUCGCCACUUGUGCUCCUGGUGAUCUUCAUUUUCUCGAUGUUGGACCAGAAUGAACCUGUGAAGUACGGCUCCUACGAGUAUCCUCCCUGGGCCAUCGGCAUCGGCUGGACCAUCACUCUGUUCGUCAUGUUGCAAAUACCUUUCUGGGCUAUCGUUGCUGUCCACAGGGCACCGGGCAACACAUUGAUGCAGAAAAUGCGCUUCGCCUGCCGACCAUCGAAGCGUUGGGGCCCAUCCAAAUUGUCUCUUCACGACCAAUGGAAGGCUGCCACGGGGCGGGCGCAGACGGACGUCAAGGUCGAGCUCAAGAAAUUCUCCCAGGGUGACGCCUCCUACAGCGUGAACGGUGUCGACAACAAGGCAUACGUCAUCACAGAACAGGAUGCUCGCUGACCGAACCUUAGGGGCAGCGGUGCAGCGUGACAUCUGCCCUGACUGCCUGCAUUUUCCGGGUGAUACGCCAAUGUCCAGUGUGUGUGUGUGCGUAUGACACAUAUGUGUGUGUGCGUACUCGUGGGUGCGUUCUGGACUCGAAGGUGACAGUAUAUUCCUGGGAACCUAUUCCCAAGGUGACCAUCUCGUCGUAUCGUCGCUGCCAUAAGUGACUUGCGCUUACACAUUUCUUUGUAUGUGAAUCGUGACCUAGAGUUUUGCAUCGCCAUGGGCUGCUUUAACCGGUUACGAAAAAGGCUGUGGUGGAGAUAUCAAUUAUUUUAUCGGCAGUGGUAUAUAUGGCUGUGCAAAUGGCCCUAAGCAGGCAGAGAAACCAGGGUAGCCACUAACAACGGGAGAAUUGAAAAAAAAAAAAAAACACCAUAGAUACGUUGCCUUCUUUGUCAGCCUUCAUGUCGAUGCCGUUUGUGCCUAGGUCAGGUGCAUCAACUCGUCUUUCUCAUGUCAUCUUGAUGACUACUGUCAGGGAGUCGUUUUCUGACCCAUGAAGCUUCUCCUACCACAGUUGACAAACAAAAAUUAUUUUCACUUUUGCUUAUAGAAAUUGUCUUGCAGCAAGGGGAAAAAAAGCCUAAAAAUUGUUAUGGGAGCAAUCUGGAUAAUCACGACGCGCGCAAAAUGCGGGCUGUGCGCGUGUGGUUGUGUGGGAAGGCGGCUUUUUUGCGUCAUCUUGCAAUGCCUUAGAUAAAGCACAUGUUGACAAAGACAAAGUUGAGAUAACUGCAUGUGUGUAUUCUAAUUCUUGAUGGUGGGUGCCAUGUGCUGACGUAUUGUUCGCCUGCAUUUGUAUAUCACUGCUGAGAACUUCUGCGAGUGAAGGAUGUGGUGAAUGGCGGUAAUUUUUGAAUGGGACGUCUCUAAAUAGCUUCUAAGUAGGUGUGAUGUGUGAAAAAGCGUGAUGUAUUGAUAUUUUAGUUCCUUCUUGAUUCUUCGUGGUCUAAUUCAACCGCUAAGAGUCUGGUAACGCCUUCCUGCUUAUGCAUCAGCAGAUAUAUGUCAUAUCCACGAGUACAAAGUUUGAUUAGUUUCAAAGAAAGCUCUGUGAGACGGGUGACGUGGUGAUUUGGCAUGUGACAUUUCGAUAUGUCCUAUAAUCAUAUUGUUAACACGACAGUAUCAUACCUCUGAUUAUUCCUAUCACCUCUGGCAGGGAUAGAAAUCAAACGUAGCAUUACGUAACACCACAUCGUUGCAUCGAGUGUAAAGAACAUAACAAAGCAAAGUGCUCACACUUGGUGCAGCUCUACCAAUUCUACAUUUAUGUUGAAUCGCAAAAAGUGUACUGUUCUUUCUUUUUUCAAGUUUUCGGUUGAAUAUGCAUAUUGAUGUGUACAUCAUCCAGGCUGCUCUAUGACUACCUAUGCCUCAUGUGUUUUAUUGUAUCAAUGAAAGAAAGCACUGAUACAGCUGCAUCCAGUUCAAGAGUUUGGAACAUAAGUUACAGCAACACACCAGUCGAUCUUUCUGCCCAAAACUGUGUUAUGCUCAUAGCAGUUUACAUUGAAUAAUGAGAUAUCAAACGUUACGGUACUCUUCAGAACAAACAGUAAGAUAAGAAGGCGUUUGUGGCCAGCAAGCAAGAAGGCAGAAUGAGUUUUAGUGUCACCUGUAGUGACGCAUUUGCUAGAGCUCUCAGUUGACAGAAGUACGUGCAGUUAAUCCGUGAGCGCUGCCAACUGAAAUAUGCAAAUCGUGUCUCACGGGUGGCAGCAUAUUUGCUUAUGAACACUAACUCAAUUGAGCAAAUUUUCUUUUACAGAAAAGUUGCUCAUCUUCCACGUUAAAAAAGGUUUAAUGCUUGAACAUUAUUUUCCUCGAACGCUUUCAGAGAAACUGAAGCAGCAAUCUCAAACACGUGAACUGCGAGCGUCUCGCUUUCGGCCCGUGGCCCACACACUACUAUGUUUGGCUCAUAGUUUUUGUAUUCUCUUAAAAGGUGUGUUUGUCAGCUAUGCAGUCAUGACAUCUUCUCAAAGUUUUUUUAUUAGUGAGGUGCCCUAAGCGCUCACCAUAUGUUCUUACCAAAGAACGGAAAAAAUACUCUACAUUUAAUAACUGAAGUGAAGAUUUUAGUCAUUUUAGAGAUAGCUAUCGCUAUGUUGUUUUAAUAAUGGCGUCAAAUCUCCUUAUGUAAUGGCUGUUAUGCGAGAUAUCUGAAGUGUCUUCUUUCCAGUGGCAAUUUCAGCUGACAUACUAAGCCAUCUAUUCUCUGCCCCCCCCCCCUCUCCCCUCUGCUAAUACCUUUGUCGUUAUCCUGGCCCUUGCAGAAGUAAAUUUUUGUGACUACUGCCCGUUAGCUGAGUUGAGUUCGAGACCCCUUCUCAAAAGGGUAUAACGAUUUGCUGCCACAUUCUCCUGCAAACAUCAAUAAUAAGAACUAUUCUAACUUUUUUUGUUUGUUUGUUUUUUUGGGGGGGGGGGAGUACACGCGUAUAUCACCUCGAGGUGGAUUGACCAUAUAAAUGUGCAAGGUUUAAAAGCUUCCUUCUUUGAAAAGAUGCGAUGAAUAAACACUGCAUAGCAGGACGUAUCCUUGAAA